AGGAGACCCAUUUCUUCACUUCUAUAUCCAUUCACAUUCGUUCUUCUCUUUUAAAAAUCUAUUUAUCCUUCUUUUUUACGUUUUAAAAAUGAGUCCUUCCAUUAACUGCAUUUCUCAACCUCAACGCAAGACUCUUCUUCCCUUCCGUACCUCUAAGAAUAUGUCUCUCAAUGUUACUUGUGGUGCUACUGGAUCAUUGCUACUUGUACGCAGUGUUCCGAUGAAGCGUUCUAAACGUACAUACCGCCGUAGUAUAAACCGCAGUCCUUCCCCUUCAGUAAAUGAAAAUAAGGAAAAUGUUUCAACGCUGUCUAAAGCAUCUUCUGUUAACUCGGUAAAACGAGCUUUAGCGAUCUCGGAAAUCAUGAACGAAACAACAAUCUUUGAUCUAUUUCAUUUACCUAUGUCAGACAAGACGCGCGACAUUACGAGUCGCGUAAACAAUGAAUUACGUUGAAAUGUAAACAAAUAAACAAAGCUGGAAAUCUGCUUUUUUUUUGUUUUUGUUUUUUACCAACAAAAUCUGUUGUCUGUCUGGGUUAACUAUCUUGUCAUUUUUUCAUUGUUUUAUUUUUUUUAUCUAUGUCGUUCUUACGGGAUCUUCUAAUGAUUUACUGUUUUUUAUUAAUGCUUUCCGGACAAACGGAUCCCUGAACCAUGGUUUCGUCGAAAGAUCAGUUUCUGUACUUUACCAGAACUAUCGUAAUCAAAUUCUUUAUGUUAUUCCGAAAAAGCGUGUGUUCUUUCUUGCGAAGACACGCAUAACCCUCGUUUUCUGUUGCUUUACAAUUACCCUAGGGACAUUUGGUUCUCUCCGGGCUCUCUUUAUUGUUCUCUUCUUUUUUGUACAAGUCAUUCUUUUUUUUUAUAUAUAUACACAUA